AUGAAGACCGAUUUCAAGUUUUCCAAUCUCCUCGGGACCGUCUAUCGCAAAGGAAACCUCCUCUUCACUCCCGAUGGCUCCUGCUUGCUCUCCCCCGUAGGCAACCGGGUCACCGUGUUUGACCUCGUCCACAAUACCUCCUACACCCUUCCCUUUGCGCAUCGAACCAAUAUCGACCGUCUGGACCUUUCUCCCCGCGGGAACCUGCUGCUGACCGUCGAUGAAAAUGGUCGUGCCAUUUUGACGAAUUUCCACCGCCGAAUUGUCAUUCACCACUUCUCCUUCAAGGGUCGUGUCUCCGCGCUCAAGUUUUCUCCCUCUGGCCGAUUCUUCGCCGUCGGUGUCGGUCGUCGCUUGCAGUUCUGGCACACCCCGUCGACGCCCGGGACGGAUAACAAUGGAGAGCUUGAAUUUGCACCAUUUGUCUUGCACCGUGACCUUGCCGGCCAUUUUGAUGUGAUCCAGCACCUCGAAUGGUCCAGUGAUUCCCGUUUCCUCCUUACUGCCUCGAAGGAUUUGACUGCGCGAGUAUGGAGUCUGGAUCCGGAAGACGGUUUUGAGCCAACAACGCUGGCGGGGCACCGUCAAGGUGUGAAGGGGGCAUACUUCUCUGCCGAUCAAGAAUCUAUCUACACUGUUAGCUCGGAUGGGGCUCUGUUCCGAUGGGAAUAUGUGUCCAAGAAGGACCCCGAUACGAUGGAGGACGUUGCGGAACCCCGGUGGAGAAUCGUCAAGAAGGACUACUUCAUGCAGAAUGAUGCCAAAGUCAACUGCGCUGCCUUCCAUGCCCCAACGAAUCUUUUGGUUGUUGGAUUCUCCAAUGGCUUGUUCGGACUAUAUGAUUUGCCAGAGUUCAACAUGAUUCAUCUGCUAAGUGUAUCACAGAGCAACAUCGAUAACGUCACAGUCAACAAGUCUGGUGAAUGGCUAGCCUUCGGCUCCUCAAAACACGGCCAGCUGCUGGUGUGGGAAUGGCAAUCAGAAUCUUACAUCCUGAAACAGCAAGGCCAUCUGGACUCCAUGAACUCUCUCGUGUACUCCCCCGAUGGUCAGAAGAUCGUGACUACAAGCGACGAUGGAAAGGUCAAAGUCUGGGAUGUAAAAUCUGGUUUCUGCAUUGUGACCUUUACUGAGCACACGAGUGGUGUUACCGCUUGCCAAUUCGCAAAGAAGGGAAGCGUUCUGUUCACAUCAUCGCUGGACGGCUCCGUACGAGCAUGGGAUCUGAUCCGGUAUCGCAAUUUCCGAACGUUUACUGCUCCUUCUCGACUAUCUUUCUCAUGCCUUGCGGUCGAUCCAAGUGGUGAGGUGGUCUGCGCAGGGUCCCCGGAUUCGUUCGAUAUUCAUGUAUGGUCGGUACAAACAGGUCAGCUACUUGACCAACUGUCCGGCCACGAAGGACCGGUCUCUGCUCUGGCUUUCGCUGCCGAUGGUAACCACCUCGCUAGCGGUAGUUGGGACCGCACUGUUCGCCUUUGGAGCAUUUUCGGAAGAACGCAAACCAGCGAGCCCCUGCAACUUGUCUCGGAUGUUCUGAAUGUGGCUUUCCGGCCAGAUGGCAAGCAGGUAGCUGCAUCGACUCUGGACGGUCAGCUAACAUUCUGGGCUGUGGAAGAUGCUGUGCAAGAAGCGGGCAUCGAUGGUCGCCGGGACGUCUCUGGCGGCCGCAAGCUCUCGGAUCGUACGACUGCUGCUAAUGCCGCAGGCAACAAAGCCUUUAACUGCAUCACCUACAGCGCUGAUGGCAGCUGCAUCCUGGCUGGUGGUAACAGCAAGUAUAUCUGUCUGUACGAUGUACGAACAGGUUCGCUGGUGAAGAAAUACACCGUCUCAGUCAACACCUCCCUCGACGGUACUCAGGAAUUCCUCAACAGCCGUGAUCUGACCGAAGCGGGUCCUAGAGGUUUGAUUGAUGGGACAGGGGAGGCAUCUGACCAUGAAGAACGUGUCGACCGUAAUCUCCCUGGUGCCAAGCGUGGUGAUGCUGGUGCUCGCACCACCCGACCCGAAGUGCGAGUUAUGUCAGUCGACUUCUCCCCGGCCGGACGCUCGUUCUGUGCCGCUUCCACCGAAGGGCUUCUCAUAUACAGUCUGGACACAGAUUUCGUGUUCGACCCAUUCGAUCUCGACAUCUCUAUUACUCCCUCGAGCAUUCUUGCUACUCUGGAAGCCGCAAAGACGGCAUAUGCGAAGGGCACGACAGAUGACGAGAACACAUUCCUGAAGGCCUUGAUCAUGGCUUUCCGACUCAACGAACACAAACUCCUUCGUGCUGUCCAUGAAUCCAUUCCUCCGUCCGACAUCCCUCACGUGGUUCGCAAUGUCCCGACUGUCUAUCUCCCCCGUCUUCUGCGCUUUGUCGCCCACGCUGCCGAAGAAACGCCCCAUCUCGAGUUCAACCUUCUUUGGAUCGAAUCCAUGCUGAGUAGUCAUGGCCGAUACUUCAAGGAGAACUCGGGCACAUUCGCACCCGAACUUCGUGCUGUCCAGCGCGCCGUCGAUGACAUCCGCGAGAACCUGAAGCGUCUCACGGAGAGAAACACCUACAACCUCAAUUAUCUGCUCUCCCAGCCUGUUCUUGGCUCCAAGGAACCGAAGGGUAUGACUCUGGAGCUGGUUGAGAGCAAUGGCGUUGCAGACGAAGCUAUGGACGAUGCAGCGGACGACGCUGAAGAGUGGAUUGGCCUGGAAUGA